GGGGGUGACGGCGGCGGUAGUGGCGGCGGCCGCGGUUCUCCCUUUUCCAUUGGGUAGCCCCUUCCUUCCUCCUGGGCAUCACUUUCCUUCCAUCUGGGCGGCCCCUCUUGGUGCUGCCGAUCCCGGGCGAGGGGCGGUGCGGGAGGGGAGGCUUGCCUGAAACCACGUACAGGCCGCUCGGGGCGGCCCCGCCGUCCCCGGGUAGGGCAGGUGCCGGCAGGACCGUGGAAACGCCUCGAGGUGCUGGGCCGAAGCUUCUGUUCGUGCAGGGGAACUGCUGUGACGAGAAGGUGACAGGUCACGGGAAAUAAUAACUACUAUGGAACCUUGGCAGCCUUGUAGGUUUGGAAGGCUUAAAUCCAAGUUCGGAAAGGCCUUUUCCAGUCCUGAUGAUUUGCUGGCUGAAGCGCUUAAUUAGGAUGGCUUUUGAGCAAAUUGGAUUGAACAUGGAAUCAGUGCUUUGGUCAAGCAAGCCUUAUGGUUCAUCUCGAAGUAUUGUAAGAAAAAUUGGUACUAACCUCUCUCUUAUACAGUGUCCAAGAGUUCACUUUCAGCUUAUUUCUCAUGUUGCGGAAGGAAACACUCCUGCUCACCUCAGAGAAGAUGCAGUGGCCUCCUUUGCUGAUGUGGGAUGGAUUGCUGAAGAAGAAGGUGAAGUCUCUACAAGGCUCAGGUCAGAAGUUUGGUUAAAAACAACCCAGCCUCUUCCAGGUGAAGCACAUCAUUCCAGGAAGCCCCCACACAGACAAAGAUCCCUGCAAAGCCCAUCGGGAGAGGAGCCAGUGCCCAGGAGUGCAGCGAUGGCAAACGAAGAGGCGCUGCAGAAGAUCAGUGCCCUGGAAAACGAACUGGCCUCUUUAAGAGCACAGAUAGCCAAAAUUGUAACCUUGCAAGAACAGCAGAGCUUGACAACAGUUGGGUCAAGUCCACUUGCUUCAGCUGCUGUCCCUGUUCCACCUCCACUGCUGCCACCACCUCCUCCUCCUCUGCCUCCACCCCCUCCCUCAAGUCUGGGUCAGAGUAAGUCUGCAAUUGAUCUCAUUAAAGAGAGGAAAAACCAAAAAACGAACGCUGGCCAGAAUGUGGUGGAAAAUGGGCCAAAGAAGCCUGAAGUACCAAACAUGCUAGAAAUCCUCAAAGACAUGAACAGUGUGAAACUACGCUCGGUGAAAAGAUCCUCAGAAGGUACAAAACCUAAAGUGUCUCAGCCUGCAGAUCCUGCAACGUUAAUAGCAGAAGCUCUCAAAAAGAAAUUUGCGUAUCGAUACCGAAAUGAGAGCCAAGGUGAAACAGAAAAAGUGAUUCCAAAGGCUGAAACAAAGACACAAACAAAGGCUGAGGUAGUGCUGUUUGGACCACACUUGCUGAAGUCUACAGGAAAAAUGAAGACUUUAAUUGAAAAAUCUUAAAGAUUAUUCUGCAAAAGACUGUUAAGCUGCUUUGUAUAAAAUAUUUUAUGUUGCAAAUAGCACUAGUACUGAGAGGUCUCUUUUCUUACAGCACAGAAAGAUCUAAUGUGAAAUGCAGAAACGAGGCACUAAACAUGUUUGUAUGUAGGUGAUUUAUCAAGGGCAAUAAAUUGGACCAUUAUACUCAGGUAUUAAUUUUGUAUUCAAGCUUGGCUUUCCACUCAGAUUUAUGUGACGGAUUUAGUUUAUUAACACUAAGUUAUAUAUACAACAUUUUUUGUGCAUAACUGACCAGCAUAAAAAUUUGUGUACAUGUUAUUAAUGAUGGUGAUACACCCUUAACUUAAUACCAGUUUUAUGUGAGCUCGACCUAUAAUUUGCACUACAAUGUGUAAUUUUAUACUGAAAUCUUCAUGUUGAAGUCUUUCUUUUAAACUUAACUGCAGCAAAUUUGUAGCCCAAAGAAAACAAGAAAACCUGGAGGCACUGUGCUUCUUACUGAGACAAAGUGAAAACUUGAACUUGCUGCAGAGAUCCUAAAUUAAAAAAAAAAAAAAAAAAGAAAAGAAAACCAACUAAAUUUUACAUAGUAGUACAUUUUUGUGCAGGGUUUUUUGUUUGUUUCACCUCAGCUUGCAAGGGUAAGAGAGUAAAACCUGCUUUAAUCAUCCUGUGGCCAUUAUAAAGAGUAAAAUCAUGCUGUGGGAGCCUCUGUCAAAAGGCAGUCAAGGGAAUUUGAAAUAGUCAAUAAAUAGCAGCAGAUUAAAAUAA